AUGAGAUUAGUAAGACUCUGGAGAGCUGGGCUUCUCCACUUUCUGCUUUGGCUCCUCCUGAGCUUCUUGCAUACAGAUGCCCACCCGCAAUGCCUGGACUACAAGCCUCCUUUCCAACCUCAGGAGCCGCUGCGCUUCUGCAAAGAGUAUUCCAAGUUUGGCUGCUGUGAUUUGGAACAAGACAAACAGAUUUCAUACAGAUUUGACCAAAUUAUGGACUACUUUGAUCACUCUGGUUUCAUGGCCUGCGGGAAGUACAUCCGCAGCAUCCUGUGCCAGGAAUGUUCUCCUUAUGCAGCUCACCUGUAUGAUGCUGAGGAUGCGAAUACUCCCAUGCGUGAGCUCCCCGGCCUUUGCCGUGACUACUGCUCUGAUUUCUGGCAUCACUGCCGUUACACACUUAGUCUGCUGACAGACAACAACAUCACUGCCAUCAUUGAGGAGGAUCGGGAAAAAUUCUGUGACCAUUUGGAGCUGAAGGAUCCAGAGUAUUGCUAUCCCAACGUUCUCACCAGCGACGAGUUAAAUGCUAAUCUGGGCAACGUUCAAGCUGAUCCCAAGGGCUGCAUUCAGCUUUGCCUACAGGAAGUAGCAAAUGGCCUGCGUAAUCCAGUGGCAAUGGUGCAUGCAAAUGACGGCACACACAGAUUCUUCAUAGCUGAGCAGCUGGGAUAUGUAUGGACUUACCUCCCAAAUGGUUCAAGGAUUGACAGGCCCUUCCUAAAUCUCACCAAAGCAGUGUUGACCUCCCCGUGGGCUGGGGAUGAACGUGGAUUUCUCUGUAUUGCCCUGCACCCUAGGUUCAGCAUGGUCAAGAAGGCAUAUGUCUAUUACUCUGUAUCUGUGAGCAAGCAGGAGAGGAUAAGGAUCAGCGAGUUCCUUUUGUCAGACACGGAUAUGAACAUGCUGGAUCACUCAUCUGAAAGAACCCUUUUGGAACUUGUGGAACCGGCAUCAAACCACAACGGAGGCCAGCUUCUGUUUGGUUUGGACGGCUACCUUUAUAUCUUCAUAGGAGAUGGAGGAAAAGCAGGAGACCCUUUUGGCAAGUUUGGGAAUUCCCAAAACAAAUCUACUUUACUAGGCAAAGCUCUACGAAUUGAUGUGGACAACAACGAUGAUGGUGCCCCAUACAGUAUUCCCUCUGAUAACCCUUUUAUUGGGGAGAAAGAAACAAAGCCAGAGAUCUACGCCUACGGAGUCAGGAACAUGUGGCGCUGUUCCAUUGACAGAGGAGACCCGAUCACGGGCCAAGGACAGGGCCGCAUGUUCUGUGGAGAUGUUGGCCAGAACAAGUAUGAAGAAGUGGAUAUGAUUGAAAAAGGGGGCAACUAUGGAUGGAGGGCAAAGGAAGGGUUCUCCUGUUAUGACAAUAAACUCUGUUUAAACUCCUCUUUGGAUGACAUCCUACCAAUUUUUGCUUAUCCACAUAAAAUUGGGAGGUCAGUGACUGGUGGUUAUAUCUACAGGGGCUGUGAGAUGCCAAACCUCAAUGGUCUCUACAUCUUUGGGGAUUUCAUGAGCGGACGACUCAUGUCACUUAACGAGAACCCAGACACUGGAAAAUGGGACUACACCGAAAUAUGCAUGGGCAAGGACAAGACAUGCCGCUUUCCAAGACUGAUCAACAGCUACUACAAGUACAUCAUAUCAUUUGGUGAAGAUGAGGCAGGUGAGCUAUAUUUCCUAGCCACAGGAACGCCGAGUGCAGCUUCCAGAGCCGGAGUGGUGUACAAGAUAGUGGAUCCAUCCAGGCGAGCACCUCCAGGCAAGUGCAGCAUCAAACCCAUUCCUGUUCAGAUAAAGGGCAAACUGAUUCACUUCCAUCCUAGAGCAGAGUUUGUGAUCAACAAAAAACCUACAACCACUGCCUCCCCCAAGACCAAAGCAACUACUAAACCCAGCACAACCAUGGUUCAGGCCACACCAAGAAAACAUACCACUGCCUCUCCAAGGAUCCUUACCCAAAAGCCGAAAUUAAGUGCACCAACUCAGAAAUCAAGGAAACCUACACAAAAACCACAGAUUCCUGCACCGAAGCCAACUUUCAAACCACUAAUGACAAACCCUACUGUUCUUAGGAGACAUCAGUCACCAACUGGGACUGUGCACCCACUCCAGAGCACUACACUGAGGCCACAGUAUAUCACCACUUUGAAAGUGAGAUCAGAAACUACACCUCGUAGGACUCCUCAACCAACCACAUUACGUCCAUCUACCAAACAACCACACAUUUCCAGCAAUACCCAUUCAUAUUGGCCUGCCUCUAUAAGCACCACCACCAGACCUGUAUACUGGACUUCAGCCUCCCUGAAAACAUCCCUACCAACAGAGAGGCCUAACAAAAGAGGCAGGGGGCAAGGCAGAAAAAAUGGCCAAAGAAGAGGUAAAGGGGGUGGCAGAAGGUCUCGCAGUGGGAAGGUGAGACUUGUUAGUCCUGAUCCGAAAUGGUCAGAUCGUGGACGAGUGGAGAUCUUCGUGAGGGGUGAGUGGGGGACGGUGUGUGAUGACCUAUUUGACAUUAAGGCAGCAACAGUGGUGUGCAAGCAGCUGGGAUUUGCUAGAGCACUGAGGGUAGCGAAGCCUGGCGAAAUGGGACGUGUGGCCACUAACCUCCGGAUCCUACUGGAUGAUGUGGAAUGUGAGGGAACGGAGAGGACACUGCUGCACUGUCAACACGCUACAGUCGGCAAUCACAACUGCUCACAUGCGGAGGAUGUAGGGGUGGUGUGUAGCUCCGAAGAGGAGAAUGCUGUCAAGUGAUGACCAUUUCCCAGUCCACUCUUGAAUGACUGAAAACAUUGGUCUUGCUCUUGAUUUGUUUGUUUGUAAAAUGGUUAUGAAAUACUUCAGCACCAUCAAUCUCAGCCUAAUUUUAAAUAUGUGCAGAGAAUUACUUUUUAAAUGAAUAUUGACAGGUAGUGAUAAAGUAUGAUAAUGCUGUUGCUAGGUCACAGUUUUAAAUGGAGGUGUUGAUCAUCUCAGACAAAGACAAGGCUAAGAUAGCUAAUGUUUUUAAAUGUUUAAUAAGAUUAAAACAAUUCACAAAUUCAGAAGGGAAACACUUCUUAGACCUUUAUAUACAAAAUCACACACACACACACACACACAAAUUAGGACAGAUUUUCAUGUUAUAGAUUUCAAACCUAUAAAACCCUUAUACGAAUAUCAUUUGAGUUUUUUAAAAAUAUAUAUAUUUCUGUAUAAUUUUACAUUUUAUCUAAUAUCGAUACACAAAUCAAGUUAACACCCAAAUCAUGCAGAAUUUUCAACAAUUGGGACAGGAUCCAAAAUUAAGAUCAUCUCCACACCUUAUGUCACUAAAAUUAAGUUGAGUGUAGUGGCUAUCUGAAAAAACAUGCAUUUAUAUGGAAGAUCAUAAAAUUAGAAAUGACAUGGCCAAAAGUUUGUGGACACCUGAUCAUCACACCCAUAUGUGGGUCUUCGCUUUGCGCACAGGGGCAUAGUCAUGCUAGAACAGGUUUGGGCUUCUUAGUUUCUAUGA